AUGGCGACAAAGCGGAAGGCGGCCGCGAUGGCGCCGGUCGAUGAGGACCCAGUAGACCCCUCCGACGAGCUCAUGUUCCUGUGUUUAGGGGGCGGCAAUGAAGUCGGGCGAUCGUGCCAUAUCAUACAGUACAAGGGCAAGACGGUCAUGCUCGAUGCUGGCAUGCACCCAGCUCACGAGGGGUUACAGGCCAUGCCCUUUUACGAUGACUUCGAUCUGAGCACUGUAGAUGUGCUCCUCAUAUCACAUUUUCAUGUCGAUCAUGCCGCCUCAUUACCUUAUGUUCUGGCGAAGACUAACUUCAGCGGCCGUGUUUUCAUGACGCAUCCCACAAAAGCCAUCUACAAAUGGCUGAUUUCAGACUCCGUUCGAGUAGGCAACAUGUCCAGCUCAGCAGAGAACAAGAUACAGAUGUACACCGAGCAAGAUCACACCAACACAUUCCCCAUGAUCGAAGCGAUCGACUUCUAUACAACACACACAGUCUCUGGAAUCCGGAUAACGCCGUACCCGGCAGGUCACGUCUUGGGUGCAGCAAUGUUCCAAAUUGAGAUUGCAGGCCUGAAGAUCCUCUUCACAGGUGAUUACUCCCGAGAAGACGACCGACAUCUGGUGUCAGCUUCUAUACCCAAGGACGUCAAGAUUGAUGUCCUCAUCACCGAAUCCACUUUCGGUAUCUCGACGCAUACUCCACGAGUCCAGCGAGAAGCCCAAUUGAUGAAGUCCAUCACGGAUAUCCUCAAUCGCGGCGGUCGCGCCCUCCUCCCUGUCUUCGCUCUUGGCCGUGCCCAGGAGCUUCUCCUGAUAUUAGACGAAUAUUGGGCUAAGCACCCAGAAUAUCAGAAGAUUCCGAUAUACUACAACUCCAGCUUGGCGCGGAAGUGUAUGGUUGUCUACCAGACGUACGUCUCCGCCAUGAACGACAACAUUAAGCGCCUCUUCCGCGAGCGCAUGGCGGAAGCCGAAGCAGCAGGCGAUGUGAGCAAAGGUGGACCGUGGGACUUCCGCUUUGUGCGCAGUCUGAAGUCGCUUGAGCGCUUUGACGAUGUGGGCGGAUGCGUCAUGUUGGCUUCGCCUGGUAUGAUGCAGUCUGGUACGUCACGAGAGCUGCUUGAGAAGUGGGCCCCCGACCCUAGGAAUGGUGUCGUUAUCACGGGUUAUUCCGUCGAAGGCACCAUGGCCAAGGAAAUCGUAAAGGAGCCCGAAGAGAUUCCUUGCAUUACGCAACGAGGCAACCAGUCGCGUCGCCCAGGGCAAAAUGAGAACGAGCAAAAGAAGAUCCCACGGCGAUGCACUGUUCAAGAAUACAGUUUUGCAGCGCACGUCGACGGCAAGGAGAACAUGGAAUUUGUGGCAGAAGUCAAUGCGCCUGUAGUUAUUCUAGUCCACGGCGAGAAAGGCAACAUGAACCGCCUAAAAUCCAAACUUCUCGGCUUCAACGCGCACAGGAAAGACCCUGUCAGGAUAUUAUCCCCUGCUAAUUGCGAAGAAGUCCGCAUUCCCUUCAGAACCGACAAGAUCGCCAAGGUCGUUGGCAAGCUCGCAUCCAUAUCGCCACCUAUACCUCGCCUCCAGACCGAUGGCGAAGAGAACGGUAAUUCAGAGGAGCAACCGAGUUUGAUCAGCGGCGUCCUCAUUCAGCACGAGACUGAUUUCAAGCUUUCUUUUAUGGCACCUGAGGAUCUGAAGGAGUACGCUGGCCUGACGACCACGACGAUCGUGUGUCGGCAGCACAUGAGGCUGUCGGCCGCGGGUGUAGAUCUGAUUCGGUGGGUGCUCGAAGGCGCAUUCGGCGCUAUCAAAGAGGAAGAGAUUACAGAUGCGGCCGUCAACGGCAAGGAGAUAAACGGUAAUGGCAUGAAAGAAUACGCAGACGAAGAAAUCAGCAGGUCGAGUACGAAGUACGUCGUUAUGGACUGCGUGAGCGUGCUGUGCAAGCCGAACGGUCUCGCUGAGGUCGAGUGGGAGGGCAACGUCAUCAACGACGGAAUAGCGGACGCGGUGCUCGCCGCGCUCUGUACAGUGGAAAGCUCACCUGCGGCCGUGAAGCAAUCCUCUCGCCAACACUCCCACUCCUACGCAGGCGACCUCAAGAACCACGACGCCCUAUCUCACCGCUUCAGUUCCCCGCAUCCCCACCGCACCACCGACCCCUCUACCCGCCUCGACCGCCUCUUUCUCAUUCUCGAAAACCAGUUCGGCGCUGACGCCAUCAUACCACUCUCCCUUCCCCGCACAUCCACAUCCCUCCCACCACUCGUCCCCUUAGGCGCCACUGCAGAUGCCCCCAACGGCACAGCCAUGGAAAUCAGCGAGCCGUAUUCUGUCGCCGCAGCGCCGAGCGUCACACCUACGAUAUCCGCAGAGGACAAAGCCGAGCUGCGACGUCUGCAUAACCUAGGCAUUCCGGUGCCCGGAAUAGAAUUAAAGUUCGAUAAGUACGUGGCACGCGUGUGGUUGGAAGAUUUGGAGGUCGAGUGCGCCAACAAGACGCUCAAGGCGAGGAUCAAAGCCGUAGUGGAUCGAGGCGUGGAGACGGUUAGUGGACUAUGGGCGUAG